AUGUCGGGCGGGGCCUCGCCGUCCGAAGCCGGCCUGAACGGACUGAAACGUAUCAACACGGGUCUAUCCGAAGCAGCCAGUGGGCAUCAGCCUCGGAGCAGUGUGAGUGGGAGCGGGCGGCUCUCGCUGCACAUUCCCAAUGCCUAUCCUCGCGCGCUCUCGCCGAGGACGCCGGGCUCGAAGGAUGCGACACCGGAGUCUUCCAGGCCUUCAACGCCGUCUGGGUCGUCUUCACGGCAGCAGCAGCAGCAGCAGCGGGUGUCGAGGCCAUCGGUAUUCGGAGCGCUGAAGGGGUCACAGGAGAAAAAUAAGGAGGAUCCCGAUCAGACGAGAAGCGGGAGUUCGAGUCGGUCGAGUAGUCGAGCGCCCAAGGUCCGCGUGUUUCGCAGAGACAGCUCGCUGAUCACGAUUCAUCACGUCGAUGACAACGACGAAUCACAAGAAGCGCCGGCACAAUCGCAAGAGGCGGAGGUGCAGCUCAGCUCCUCCACCCUCUCCGGACGCCUAUUCCGACCACCGCUCAAACUCAAAAGCUUCUUCUCUACCAAGGAAACCUCAUCCGGAUCAGCGAGAGACUUCUUGGCUCGAGAACGCAACUUCUUCAGCUGGCUCAAACUCUCCUGUCUCCUCGCCAUCCUUUCGGCCUCGCUCAUCCUCCAACUGCAGCUCCCGGACUUGGCCAGCACCGCCCGCCACGGACACAGACAGCCUCCAAAGCGGCGCAAAGCCGGCACGCCGGUGGGUUGGGAUGAGCUUCCUCUGACGUCCAAGGCAUUCGCGGGUGUCUUCUUUGUCCUCUCGCUAUUGUCGCUGGCGACGGGACUAGCUGACUAUCUGUCGGCAGAACGACAGCUCGAAAAGGAACAGGUCGACUUUGACGAGACCGAGGGCGUGUUUCUCAACGAUGCACAUACUUCGCGCUUUGUGCAUGCUGUCAUGCUCGUGGUCGGGGCUGGCAUCACUGCUUCGGCGCUCUGGUUGAUGGCGUAUUGA